UCUCCGUCUGGCUGGCUGCUGUCCUGUCAUCGGCCUGCCUGGGUGUGGUUUUUUUGCAGUCGGAGGUACCGUUAGCAGGAAAUCAAGCUCCAGUCCAUUUUACUUAAAGGCGAAACAAAGAAAAAACGCACUCCCACAAGCGAAGGGUUGAAAAAAGCUCCUCGUAGACAGGCAAAAAGUGACGUUUUGUCCCCUCGACACGGGAAGGCGUUUCUUUGGCGCCGUUGUUCUGAUGGGAAAAAGUUUUUCGCUGACUGCUUGUCUUAUUUAAGAAGUUUACACAAAACCUGAACCGGACGCAAAAGAAAAGGAAAGAUGCCGAAAACGAUCAGUGUAAGAGUCACCACGAUGGACGCUGAACUGGAGUUCGCCAUUCAGCCCAAUACAACAGGAAAGCAGCUCUUUGACCAGGUGGUGAAGACCAUUGGACUGCGAGAGGUGUGGUACUUCGGUCUCCAGUACCAGGAUACAAAGGGUUUCUCUACAUGGCUGAAACUCAACAAGAAGGUGACAGCCCAGGAUGUGAGGAAGGAAAGCCCGCUGCUGUUUAAGUUCCGUGCCAAAUUCUUCCCUGAGGAUGUUUCAGAGGAGUUAAUCCAGGAUGCCACACAGCGGCUGUUCUUCCUGCAGGUGAAGGAGGGUAUCUUAAAUGACGACAUCUACUGCCCUCCAGAGACUGCAGUCCUCCUGGCCUCCUAUGCGGUGCAGGCCAAGUACGCUGACUACAAUAAGGAAGUCCACACACCAGGCUAUCUGAACGGGGAACACCUGCUCCCUCAGAGAGUUCUGGAUCAACACAAACUCAACAAGGAACAGUGGGAGGAGAGGAUUCAAGUGUGGCAUGAAGAGCACAAGGGCAUGAUCAGAGAGGAAUCCAUGAUGGAGUAUCUGAAAAUCGCUCAAGACCUUGAGAUGUAUGGAGUCAACUACUUCAGCAUCAAGAACAAGAAAGGGACAGAGCUGUGGUUGGGAGUGGACGCUUUGGGUCUCAACAUUUAUGAGCAGAAUGACAAAAUGACGCCCAAAAUUGGAUUUCCUUGGAGUGAAAUUAGGAACAUUUCCUUCAACGACAAGAAGUUCGUCAUCAAACCAAUUGACAAGAAAGCACCUGAUUUUGUGUUCUAUGCUCCGAGACUGCGCAUCAACAAGCGUAUUCUGGCUCUAUGCAUGGGCAACCACGAGCUGUAUAUGCGCCGCCGCAAGCCCGACACCAUCGAAGUGCAGCAGAUGAAGGCUCAGGCUCGGGAGGAGAAGAAUCACAAGAAGAUGGAGAGAGCUCUCCUGGAGAAUGAGAAGAGGAAAAGAGAAGUUGCAGAAAAGGAGAAGGAAAAGAUUGAAAGGGAAAAGGAGGAGUUAAUGGAGCGAUUAAAGCAGAUCGAGGAGCAGACGAAAAAGGCCCAACAAGAGCUGGAGGAGCAAACACAGAAGGCUCUGGAGUUGGAGCAGGAGAGAAAGCGAGCUCAGGAGGAGGCUGAACGUCUGGAGAACGACCUGAAGAGUGCGGAGGACGCCAAGCUGGCGCUGCUGCAGCAGUCACAGAACCAGCAGAAGAACCAAGAACACCUGGCUACAGAGCUGGCUGAACUGACUUCAAAGAUUUCUCUCCUGGAAGACGCCAAGAAGAAGAAGGAAGAAGAGGCAGUGGAGUGGCAACAGAAGGCCACCACGGUGCAGGAGGACCUGGAGAAGACCAAAGAAGAGCUCAAAAACAAAGUGAUGUCAGCUCACAUUCAGGAGCCCCUCAACGCAGAGAACGAGCACGACGAGAACGACGAGAGCAGCGCCGAGGCCAGUGCCGAGUUCACAGAUGCCGCCACGUACAAGGACCGCAGUGAAGAGGAACGAAUGACCGAGGCAGAGAAGAACGAACGCCUGCAGAAGCAUCUACUCGCUUUGAGCUCAGAGUUGGCCAACGCGAGGGAUGAGACCAAGAAGACCGUGAACGACAUCAUCCACGCAGAGAACAUGCGAGCAGGACGAGACAAGUACAAGACCCUCAGACAGAUCCGGUCAGGAAACACCAAACAGCGCAUCGAUGAGUUUGAAUGCAUGUGAUGUCUGCAUUCACCAACGCAAAAGCCCACUCAGCUGGGCCAGUCUGCCUGGACUGCAGUCCUUCCUCACUCAAGCUGUUUUCUCUGUAUCCAAAUUAAUCAGAUCCACAUCCACAUGCCGCGGCUGCAAAAGCCCAGCACCAUGUACAAAUAUGGAUCUGGAAAAUUCCAUUUGUUAUCAUUCCUAACUUUGAAUUUAGGCAAGUCACUGGUUGAAAAGGGACAUACUGUAUUUUAUUAGUACAAGGGGAUUAUGUAGCAUAUCAGUAAACGACUCACGCCUCGUUUCAUGACACAUUGAGCAAGCGUAAAAUUCCUUCAUGUAUUUCUGCACAUUUUUAUAUCGUGAUAUCAAAACAAAAAGGCUCAGAAACCAAUCCAAACUUACAGUUUGAAAAUCAGGAUGUGAUGAUACAUCCCUACAGUAUUAAAGCCACGGCUGCACUGUAACCUACACAACAUGACAUGAAUCUGAAGUGUUAGUGAGGAACCUCCAUAGAGCAGUAUUAUUUGUUUGCAGAUUUGCAGUUUAUUUGCUUUUAAUUUGACUGUAAUCAGAAUCGAGCAACUGUUACAAAUCAUGCAGUAUUUAAACCCACUCGCAAUGUGAUAUUAAAGAUCUUUUUCAUUUCCAAAUUUUUGUGUGGAUUUCCGUUUUUCGUUUUUGCCAGGGUAAAGGCUAGGAGUGAUUUUUGUAUUUUUUUUUUAAACAAUCCAAGUAUGAAAUUUGAAUACAUCUUCAACAAUCUGACUUUAUUCCACAUGUUUCUUUUUGUUGCAAAGUGUCACAUCCGUGCUGUGUUUUUUCUAGCGUUCGUUCACACACUGAAAAGGUGAGGUUGAAAUUUUACCUGCAAAAUCAAAUCUGAUGGAAAUCUGCAGCAUUCAAAUGAAAUAACCGAUGAGGACACUUUUGUUGCUUUGUCUGUACUUUUAGGAGUUCUGUCCGUUUGCUUUCAUUGUUUAAUUCUGCUCAUGAGUGAGGAUGCUGUGUGAUUAUCAGAUUAAAUUCCGCUGUUGUAGCCAAGUAAAUCAUGAGGAAUUACACUAGAAUCGUCACAGGGCUGUUUUUUGUUGGCGAAAGAGAUGCCAGUAAAAUCAUCAGUGAGGUUAAACUUCACAGAAGGCUACUUUUUACACAAAAUAACACAAUCAGAAAUUGAAAUUGUUCCAUUAGACAUGCACUGGAAAAAAAAUCACAGUUUUGAAAAGUGAGUCAACACUUCCUGUCCUAGAUGGGCACCUUUCCCCCGGUUCAUUCAUUUUGUUAUACUGUAUGUAUUUAAUUACAUGUGUGUAUUUUGUAAUUGGGAUUUUUGUGAUAAUAAUUAAUGAAAGGUGACACCUCUGAGGAUAUUUUUGUAUUGUAGAAAAAAAUGUGGCAGCAUUGUGAAGACAGUAUUUUAACUAAUUGGGCAGCUCACUGCUGUGAUAGUAAGCCGAUCGAACAAGCGACACCCGAGAGCCUGUCACAGGACCGACCCCGCGGGACGUUGUAUUCAUGCUGUAUUCUGUUGGUUGUAUCGGCAACGGAAAUUUGAAACCAGGCCAGAAAUAAACCUGCAUAAAAAUGAAAGUGAGCGCUUCACUGUACCAUUGUUCCACUUUUCAUCGUGGCACAGAGACAUGCCACGGGUUUCGCUUGUUCCUAGAUUUUUAGAAAUUAGAACGAUUUAUUUUACACUAUUUUGCAACAAAUGUAUUUUAGUGCUGAAUAUAACUGAUCGUGUUUGCUAUGAUGACUUUUUUGGAGGGAACGUUUUUCCGAGAGGAGUUUUCAUAUACAGUAUUUGCCCAGUGCUGCGUGCACUUCUUGUAUCGCCCAUGAAUGUUAAAAAUUGUUGCUGUUACGGACACCAGGAACUUUUCUAAUGUUGCACAUUGUGUUCUACCUGAAGCAUCAUGCCUCGCCAGCCUAAUUUUAAUUCAAGUCAUAAUGCAUGAGAAAUGUAUUAAAAGGCGCUUCUCUGUAUUUUCAGUCAGAAAAUUGUCAGAAAGAACUGAACCAGAAUUGAUAUCGUGAAAUGAUACAGUGCCUUGCCAAGUUUAUUCAUCAGAUCUUGCUGCUUAAAGUCUUCCUUUCACCAAUUAAUAAAAUUUAGAUGAAAUUGUU